UUGGUGUGGAAGAAUAAUCAUGUUGGACACACUUAGUGAAAAUUCAGGAAAACGGGGAAUUGUUACUCCACCCGAGCAGAAACACACGUCUUCGUGGAUGUACAUGCAGAGCGUGUUUGUUGUAUUCUAAGAACACGAUGCAGAAUACGGCUGAGGUUGCAGAGGAUCUAUCCAAAUGUUGCAUCAAAUAAGUUGAGAAACCACCUGUAGAUAGGAGUAGUGCUAUUCUUCCGAUGACCCGAAUUCCUUUACAAACUCCUCAAAACAUUCAAGGUCUUGCUGCAAGGCCCGAAAAAGUUGUUGGUUCAAUGCAUUAUAACAACUGUCGGGUGGCAGUAGAAACCGAACAACGGAGCAUGGUUAGUAAUGCAUCUGUUUUGACUCAGUAUGCUGCUUCAAGCUAUCCGCAGAGAAAUUCAAACCAUAAAAUCGAGUGGAUAGAAGAUGAUAGGAUUGAAGGUUCAAGCGGGAUGCAACCAAAGCCUCAAUACAUAGCAUGGUAA